AUGACUCUAACACAAAGAACAAGUCACCGUAACCCGGAUGAAUUCCCCACGGUCCAGCUAUUUCUGCUAGCCAUUGUCCGUCUUGCCGAGCCCAUCGCGCUCACCUCCAUCUUCCCGUAUGCCUGGGCCCUCAUCAAGCGAUUCGAGGUCGGUAACGAAGAUGACGCCUCGUUCUAUGCCGGUCUGCUCAUCUCGGCCUUCUCCCUGGCGGAGGCCCUGAUGGGCAUGUACUGGGGCGGUCUGUCAGACCGCGUCGGACGCAAGCCUGUCCUGCUGCUUGGAUGCAUCGGCACCAUGUUCAGCAUGGUCAUGGUCGGCUUUGCCGAGAACAUCUGGGUGGCUCUGAUCGGCCGGGCCCUCGGUGGUCUGCUAAACGGCAACAUCGGCGUCAUCCAGACCAUGGUUUGGCGAGCUGCCCGUGCAUACUCCAUCAAAACCUCAGACGCCAUGAAGCGCCCCGCCGUCGAUCUCCGCAACGAGAACUACGGCACUAUGCGCUCGCGCGACGCGGCUCCCCCGGCUUCGCCCAGCUGGACCAAGGAGCAACAGCCCCCUAUCAGCAUCUUCUACAGGCGCAUCAUGGCCAUCAUCCUGGCCCUCUCCAUCUUCACCUACCACUCCAUGACCUUCGACCACCUCCUGCCCAUCUUCUUCGAAGACGACCGCAUCCCCAACAACAACAUCCCCACCACCCUCGCCCUGGCCAGCGGCAACCCCUUCUACUCCCCCGGCGGGCUAGGCAUGUCGCUGCAGGCGGUCGGCGUCGUCAUGGCUGAGCAGGGCGCCAUCGCGCUCUUCAUGCAGGCGGUCGUGUUUCCCAUCAUGGCGGACCGCGUCGGCAUCUACCGCCUCUUCCUCUUCAUCACGGUGCUGCACCCGCUCGUGUACCUGCUCGUGCCGUGGCUGCUGUACGUACCCGAGGCCGCCCUGUGGCCCGCCAUCUACGCCGUGCUCGCCGUCCGCAACUUCUUCUCUAUCCUGCUCUACCCGCUGCUGCUCAUCCUCAUCAAGGAGGCCACCCCCAGCUCCACGGUGCUAGGCCGCGUCAACGGUCUUGCCGCGAGCGCCGGCGCCGCCUGCCGCAUGGUCGCUCCGCCGGUUGCUGGCUAUCUGUACGCCAUGGGCCGCAAGGUUGAUUGUACUGCGCUGGCCUGGUAUGGCAGUGCUGCCGUGGCGGUGGUUGGUGCCGUGCAGUGCUUUGCGGUGAAGAGGCAGCGCGAGGAUAAAGGGAAGAGGCCGAUGGACGUGGAGGAGUAA